AUGGCUCGCAAUAGUGUAAUGAAGAUGAUUAUUGAUGACUCUGAUUCUGGUAAUGAAUUGGAGAUAUUUGCAAUAGCUUCUUUAGAAGAAGAGCAGCUAAAUAAUGAGAGGCAAUUGGGAUUACGUCGUGGUUCUAUUCAAGGUCAUACAGUUAUUUAUCGUAAUCGAAUUGAAGGCCACAAGAGACUUUAUCAAGAUUACUUCUCUGAAACGCCUAUAUAUCCGCCCAAUUUAUUUAGGAGGAGGUUUCGGAUGAGUCGAUAUCUCUUUCUUCGUAUUUUAUCUAUGGUGGAAGCAUAUGAUCCUUAUUUUGUCCAGAAGAAAGAUGCUAUUGGAGUUCUUGGUCUGUCUUCCCUUCAAAAGAUGACAGCGGCUAUGAGGAUGCUCGCUUAUGGAGUAGCGGCCGAUUCUGUAGAUGAUUAUGUGAGGAUUGGAGAAAGCACUGCAAUAGAAAGUCUACAAAGGUUUGUUCAGGCAGUGGUUGCAAUUUUUUCAGAUGUGUACUUGAGGGCACCAAACAAAGAUGACAUUGCUAAAUUACUAGAGGUGGGAAAAAAUCGUGGGUUUCCUGGAAUGUUGGGGAGCAUUGAUUGGCGUGCUCCCCAAGUUGAUUACUCAAUUAAUGGAAAUGACUAUACAAUGGGAUAUUAUCUCGCUGAUGGUAUAUAUCCUCAAUGGUCAACAUUCGUUAAAACAAUUCCAUCUCCACGAGGCAAUAAGCAAAUACAUUUUGCUAAGGCUCAAGAGUCAGCAAUGAAGGAUGUCGAACGAGCAUUUGGAGUGCUCCAAGCACAUUUCUCAAUUGUGCGAGGACCUGCACGUUUUUGGAAAGUUGAAACCCUUAAAUUUAUUAUGAAGGCAUGUAUAAUAUUGCAUAACAUGAUUGUUGAGGAUGAGCGAAAUGAACAAAAUAUAGACUGUAAUUAUGAUGCAAUCGAUGAAACUCUCCCUCCAGCAGUGUCACACGAGCGUACACCCGAACUUUAUGACUUCAUUCAAAAUCAUCAUCGCAUAAGAGAUAGACAAACUCAUUCUAAACUCCAAGCAGGCCUAGUUGAGCAUUUGUGGCAUCUACAUGGAGAUUUGUAA